UAGAAAGGCCAAGUUAUGUAAAUGAACUUCAUUUCGAGUCAUGUUUUAUGCAUUUUGGAGAUAUUUGUGAAACGUUAUUCCCUAUAACGAAAGCGAGAUUGGAGAAAUUCAUUGCUUGUCGAAAAAGAUGGGUCAAUUUAAAAUGUGAACAGGCUGAUAUAUGUCGUAUUUCUUACGAGCAUUUCUCAGAUGAAAAGAUAUUGGAUUAUUUAAAAGAAAGGGACUUUGAACUGGACUGGUCUUAUCACAAAACUUGUUACAAACGUUUAUGUGACGAAGAGAAGAUUCGCAGAGCAGAAACCAAGGCAAACUUAUGUUGUAACGUGGAAAACCCGCAAACGAUCAACACUAAUAUUGAUAAUAAGAGGAGGUCAACAAGGCUGGCUGAAGAAUCUCCGAGAAAUAGGUCCAGGAAUGACCAUGUAUUGCCUGAACGAUGUAUCAUAUGCCAAAGAGAGAGUCCAUGGUUCAAAAUGGACAAGGUAAAACCUUUUUGUUCUGGCCUUUCAAAUUCUAAUAGGCCAUAUAUUCUAUUUAAUAUAUGCCCCCUCCCCCUAUUGUCGAGGGUAUGGUCAUGCAAUGUGGGGGGGGGGAGUGCUCAUCUUAAAUUAUCCUAAAGGUGUGAAGUUAGUUCGUUCCUAAAGGGUAGUUUGAGAGAUUUUUUAAAGAAAUGGCAAGAAUUAGGUGUUUUAGUGACAUAUCCAAGAGGGAAAAGUGAUAUCCCAAAAGGAGUAACAUAUCUUAGCAGAAGUCUUGUAAACGAAAGAGAGUUCCUUUGAUGUUAUGUGAAACCGAGAAUGGAGGACUUUUACGGGAAGCUGCUGAACGGAAACAAGAUGAACGAAUCCUAGUGGAUAUAAGAGGACGUGACUGUUGUGCCAUAGAAGUAAGAUACCAUAAAAAUUGCUAUGUGAACUAUACAAAUUUUCUGGUACACGAGAAAAAUGCACCUGAAGAUCAGGAAUCAAAGAAUUUAUAUCAAAAAGGCUAUCAAACAUUUUGUGUAGAAGUUGUGGAAAACAACCUUAUUGCGAAGAAACAAAUCAAAUAUAUGACAGAACUGUUUAACCAAUUUGUGCGUAUAGUUGAGAAGGAAGAAGGACUUGAUGCAUCAAACUACAGGAGAUUCAGGCUUAAAAAUAGGCUGACUAAAUCUUACCCUCAACUUGUGUUUCUCAAACCUAAUGUGAGAACAAAAAGUGAAAUGGUUUAUGUUGAAAAUCUGACAUCAGAAGACAUAGUGGAUGAACAUAUGACCUUAAAGGAGAUGGAAGAUGUAGAAGAUAUGGAUUACGAAGACUAUGGAAAAACAAGUGAAGCCAAUUCGAAUGAGCUCCCUGUGUUAUUCAAUGCUGCAAUGAUUUUACGCAAUGCAUUGCAGAAUGAACCUGGGCUUGUUACCACCUGGCCGCCAUUGGCAUCUGAUCUCACCAUGGAAAAUUCAAAGAAUGUUGUACCAGUUCAUCUCUUCAACUUUCUGGCAUGGAUAACUGCAUCUUCCAAUGAUGCACAGCUUGACAAACAUAUAGAUGUUGUCGAGAAUGGAAGACUUAAUAAACUUAUGUCUAUUGCUCAAGACAUAGUGCAUGUGACAUCAGAUGGAAGGAAGCUUACACCUAAGACUAUUUCACUUGCCAUGUCAUUGAGGCAGCUGACUGGUUCUUCCUCCAUGCUGAAUCUCGUAAAUGCUUUAGGUCACUGUAUGUCUCAUAAAUUUGUGCUAAGGCAUGAGACAGCUUUAGCUCAGCUGAGUAUCUCAGACACAGGUACUGUGCCUCCUGGAUUUUCAAAGAAAGUGUCUGCGACCCUCGCAUGGGAUAAUGAUGACUUUUGCGAAGAGACAAGGUCAGGGAAAGGCACCACACAUGUUACUGGAGGCAUUAUUCUACAGAGAUCUGAUGACACCAAUGAUCAAACUGUUGUUGGAGAAAGGAGAGAUCUACCAAGGUUAGGAUCCUUACCAGUUAUCUCUGAUGAAUCUGAACCGUAUAUCCUUGGUCGAAGAGUCACAGUUGAUCUUCGAGAAGCCAUCACAAGCAUACCACUUGCCAAGGAAAGUUACAUGUCAAUUCAAAAUGACAAAAGAAAACAAGACUUGGCAUUCAUUAUUUCCAGGACUGUAGACGCUUUUCAACCACUAAUCCCAAACUGGACUGGAUUCAACACCCUGCUCGAAUCUGAACACAUUCCAUGCUGCACAAAGAUUGGUUACCUGCCUAUUAUAAAUUCUUCUCCAACAGAACUAUCCACAAUUAAUACCAUUCUAAAGAGAAGUCAAGAAAUAGCAGACAAGUUAGAACUGAAUUAUAUAUGUCUUGUAUUUGAUGAAGCUAUUUAUGCUAAGAUACAGCAGUUAAGAUGGAAGGAGCCAAUCUAUUACAAUAGAUUCAUUGUUCGUCUUGGUGAAUUUCAUAUGGCUAUGUCAUUCUGUGGUGCCAUCUCUAAAUUGUUUAAAGAUGCAGGAUUAAAGGACCUAAUUGUGGAGUCAGACCUUGUAGCCAUUGGAUCAGUAACUGGUGUGCUCACCGGGAAGCAUUAUAAUCGGAGUGUGCGAUCACACAAAGUUAUCUAUGAAGCAUUAAUGCGACUGCUCUUCCAAUCAUUCAUUGAAACUCAGUCACCAGGGGAACAGGAGAAUAUUCUGUCAUUUGUUGAAUACAUGGCUGAGUCUUACCCAAAUGAUGAAUUUUACGACUGUGUUAUGUCUCCUGAGCUUGAAGAACUCUCAAAGUCCCUGGAAAAUUUUACUAGAUCAAAGUCUGCAAUCAAUCCCACAUUUGCGUUUUGGUUAAUGUAUAUCGAGAUGGUCCAAAUUCUGCUUCUGUUUAUUCGCGCAACAAGGGAAAACAAUUGGGAGUUGCACCUUUCUGCUGUCAGAUCAAUGCUUCCCUGGUUCUUUGUGGCUGAUCGAAUACAUUAUGCAAGAUACGGGACAAUGUACUGGCUGGAAAUGUCUUGUUUGGAAAGCACUCAUCCAGGUAAAGUGCAACUAAUUGGUUGGCUGGAUUUUGUAAACUUAAUUUGAGUUUCAAAUUUCAAACUAUUUGCAAGUUGCAUCAAUUGCAAGUAACCAAGUUGCUUAUUCAAGAACGGACGCGGUGUUCAUGCAUACAAAAAAUAUUUGAAAAAAUAUAUUGAAAAUAGCAAAAGUAAUCGACGUUUCAAGCAAAGUAAGUUUGUCAUGAAUUAGUAGGACGACUUACAUCUAUAUGCCAUAAUCAUCAAGAAGGGUCAUUACUUGAAACGUUGAUUACUUUUGCAAUUUUUCAGAGCUGGCAUUUUAUGGAGUAAAAAAUCCUAUGCUGUAUUUUUCAGGAUGGCAUUUCAUAGAGUAAAAAUCCUAUGCUGUAUGAUCAUGGUCACAUCUGUAAUACAUGAUACUGUAAGCACAGUUAUGAAAAAUUAUGAUAUGAAAAAUUUAUGCGAGCGAUUGGGAUCCAUUGAGCUAUUCUUCACACAUGGGAAGCAAUGCCAUCGUUUUCGUGCUGGUGCAGAUGGCCUGUUAGAAACAAUUGACGUGCCAGAACUUUAUAGCGACCACGAAGAAGCUGAUACACGCAUGUUGCUUCACGCAAAGCACGCUUCCCAUGACUAUGAUAAUGUUGUGAUUAGAAGCCCGGAUACAGACGUAUUUGUUCUUGCAGUUAGCCACAAAUGUUCUUUCGACGCAUCAUUGUACUUUGUGACCGGAACAGGUAACAGCAGCCGGAUUAUUGAUAUCAACAAAAUUCAGGAAGAACUUGGGAGUGAUCUUUCCUCGGCCCUCAUUGGCUUCCAUUCGUUUACAGGUUGCGAUAGUACAAGUGCCUUUUUUGGUAAGGGAAAAUUAAAGCCAUACAAAUUGCUAGAAGAAUCGUCUGAGUUCGUCGACACUUUUAACGUCGUCGGACAAGCGUUUUCUCACGAAAAAGAAUUACUAGGAAGAUGUGAGAAAUUUGUUUGUCAUCUGUAUAACCAACCUAACACCACUGAAGUGAACAAGGCACGUUUACACCUUUUUCGUCUCAGGCAUUUCAACGAAGAAUCGAUGCCAUGCACAAAAGAUGUGCUAUUACAGCACCUAAGUCGUGCUAAUUAUCAAGCAGCAAUAUGGAGGAGAGCUUUACAGCCAUUCAUCAUGGCACCGGACAUUACUAACCAUGGAUGGGCUGUUGCGAAUAAUAUGGUUUCCAUCGUAUGGAUGGAUUUACCUCCAGCACCGGACAGCAUCUUGGAGAAUGUACAUUGCGGGUGCAAAUCGGGAUGCUCAAGCAAUAGGUGCUCUUGUUUUAAAGAAAACCUUCGCUGCACGGGUCUGUGUCAUUGUGAAGGAUGCGCCAACCGUUCGGAAUUAGCGGACGAAGACUCAGAGAAUGAAGGUUACAAUUACGAUAUGAAUCAUGAAGACGAUAGCGAGAGCGAUAAUGAUUAUGGAGACAAUUGAAAGAGGUGUAAUGUCCAUUCGCCGCUUUUGCAGUUUGUUUGCCUUUUGAAUCAUUAAAAUGUAUAUAAUUAAUUGUUGCUCUCUCAAUAAAUAUGGAGGAGAGACUCAUUCUAGUAGAUGCUCAAAACGAAAUUUAGAGCAACAAGACCCAACAUUGCAAAUGGGCGUAACAGACUUUACAUUACCAAAACACAUAAUUUUGUUCUGUUUUGUACAAAACAUUGAUGUCCACUCGCUUCGAAAUAUGAUUAACUCCCACUCGGACGAGAAUGAGCCUUCCAUUGGUGCACAAUUAGCAGGUCAAAAAAACUAACAAUAGAUAGGAAAAUGCUGACUCAUCAUUUUUUUAAAUAUUUAGUCGGCGAUAAUUCAGUACUGAGUGAUUGGACGAAAUUGGUGUAAUAUACUUUAUUAGUUCUUUUAACUAGCUCUAUCUGAUGGUGUUGUCAAAAAUUGGAAUUUCCAAGAAA